AAGAACUCUAUGCCCCUCUGAAGAACUCCACUGCGUAGAUAAUUCCCUCUGCAUUUUUGCCUUUUUAUUUCUUUUUAUUUCCGUUUUGGGACACCUCUUUUAUCAUCCAGCCAGCCCGGAUAGACAAAGCACUGCUGGUUCCUUGAGCGACAGAACUCCGGCAGGGGGGUUGGCUGUAAAACGACGUGGCAUGGAAAUUCUCCGCUAAGUUGUAGCAGCCGCUUGUGUGUUUCUCUGCACUCCAAUCCAGACUCCGAGAGUAGAGGUUUCAUCAUCAUGGGCUUAAGGACGCUCCAAAAAAAUGGAUAGAAAAAGUCUCCAGCCACUUUCUUUGGACCCAAGUGACUUCUUUUUGCACAUCUCUGGUUUAAGUGGAGGGGGGAGAAAUCAAAGCAGUUAAGUCUGUAAACUUUGUUUUCACAGCUUUUACAACAGAAUUUGCUGCUCUCCUUCCCCUAUCCUGCAAUCUAAUUCUUUACAGAUUUGCCAUGGGGUGCGGACUAAGGAAGCUGGAAAAUCCUGAUGAUAGCAGCCCUGGAAAAAUAUAUUCUACUCUGAAGAGACCGCAAGUGGAAACAAAGACAGAAUUUGCUUACGAAUAUGUAUUGCUGGACUUUACUUUACAAGCUUCAUCAAACCCAGAAGUCAUCAAAAUUAAUUCAGUACAGGAUAUAGCAACAAAAGUGAAAGACUACUAUCUAAAAGGAUAUAUUGUUAGGGCUAUUCAUCCUGUUCUGCAACCUUUGGACCUACAGAAACAGCGACCAGCAAAUUAUUUAUACAGGGCAGUGCUGUCACGCUUAAAAGUAAGCCCGAAACGUUCAUCAGCACCCAGUCAACAAAGACACCCAAGGCUUGUGAUUGAGGAAUGUCCUCUCACCUCUGAGGCACAAGCAAGUGAUGUAGUGAAACUGAUAGAAAAGAUUAAUGCAGCUGCUAAAAAUAGAAAGAAGUUUGUUGGAUUCCUGUCUCAGCAUUAUUCACCACUGAAGUACUGCAAUGGAACCAACCAUGAUGGCGAGCAAGAACCAACACUACAUGUGAGGAAUAGUUCAGAUGAAAAAUGUGGAAGCUGGAAUGAAGGCACAUUAAGCGGUCAAUCCUCUGAAAGUGGAAUUGAGGAAGAAUUUCAUGAAAGUGGGCAGUAUCAGACACAAGAAGAUGGCAGCCCUCAUUCCACUAAGUCUCAAAAGGGAGAAGAUAAUAAGUUAUAUAUAGUCUUCAAUGUUUUUGAUGAUAUCCCAGCCUGCUGGACCUAUCAUGAAGGAGCUCUGACAAUGAAAGUAACACGAAAAGGACUUGUUGUGACUACGCUUGAUGCUGAUUGGCUGGAAUUAACUUCCUUUUACUAUAAGCAAGGCUUGUCUUUAAUUGAUUACUUUGUAUGCUGGGAACCAAUUAAAGGGGAGCAUUUAUCUAAAUGUUUGGAAGGAUUAUUUAUCUAUGAAGAAGAAGACCCUGGAGUCCCGGGUUUCAUUCGGAAAGGAAAUGAUGCCAUCAUCGUGGAACAAUGGACCGUUAUUGAGGGCUCUGAGAUCAAGGCGGAUUACGGCCCUUUGCUGCACACCCUGGCUGAGUUCGGGUGGCUUCUGACCAGCGUGCUGCCCACGCCUAUCCUGAGAUAUGACAGUGAGGGGAAUCUAGCUACAAAGCAAAUUGUUUUCCUUCAAAGACCUGUUAUGUGGAACUCAGCCACUCAGAUGCCAGAAAGGAAAAGCAGCCGCCACUUGAAAGCAGAAUACAAGAGCAAAGGGGCCAGUCGGAGCGUUGGAUUGGACACCACCACAUCCCAACCUACUGAGCGAAGGUCCCUGUCCUCGGAGAACCUCAUCGGCCCCUCCAGAGAAUGCUGGAUGCAGGAGAGGAAGCCAGCACCUUCCAGCAGCUUCUCUGGGUUCAGCAGCAGAGACAGCGUCCACCGCGAGCUAGAUGAUGGGCAGCUGGAUCAGGAGGACGGGGUGACUCAGGUCACAUGCAUGUGAGCUGGCCCCAAUGAUGAAAGGAGUAAAAUUACUUCAGUUGG